AUGCGAAGAUGGGACUUGGACAACAAUCCGCCUCGUGAGCUGAUCGACGCCAUCAGCUCACGUCGCAGGCUUCAACCCUUUUUAACGCCUGGAAAGCAGCGCAAGCGGAAGAUGAGGACUCGUAAACUUCAGCUUGACUACAUUCUGACGAGAAACACGCCUCAGUCGACUAUAUCCAGAGCUGUUCGGGACGUUGCUUUCAACUCUGACCACCGUCCAGUUCUUCUCAGCCUUAAGACACGGUUCUACAAGAGGAACGGAGGAGUACCUCCUCAACCGAAAAUCGACAUGACAGGUCUGAAAGACGAAGAAUCCAGAACGAAUUUCUGCCAACGUGUGUAUUCAUGUUGGAGUACGGACCAGGAAGAACUUUCCGAUGUGUUUUCCUUUACAAAGUGCAUUCAGGACGCUGCAAAGGAAACCCUCCCGGUUGAAAUGCCGCGGAAGAAGUUUGUCUUUGUAUCUGCGGAAACAAAAUUCACGUACAAUUCUGUAUUUGUUGCCUGCAGCACUGGUGAUUUCAACCAGGAAAAGCGUCCUAAAAGGAAGUUGCGUCAUCAGCUGCAACAAAACCGCGAUAACAAGUGGACUUCGAGAGCGAAGGAGUUAGAAAAGGGACAAGAACCUGCGGAAAGUCUAUGCUUUAUUAAAGCAGUAUAG